AUGCGCCUGCUCGAAGUUAAGACACUCGAGCCCGUCGAGUUCGUCCCGAGUGAGAUCCCUCCAUAUGCAAUUCUCUCACACACCUGGGAGGCGGAUGAAGUCAAUUUCCAGGAGCUCACCGGGGUCGACAAGUCUUGGCAGUCAAAAGCAGGCUGGUCGAAGAUCAAGGCUUGUGCUCGACAGGCAGAUAGUGAUGGCUACAGCCACAUCUGGGUCGACACUUGUUGCAUAGACAAGAAGAGCAGUGCAGAGCUCCAAGAAGCUAUCAACUCAAUGUUUCGGUGGUAUGAAGCCUCGGAGGUCUGCUACGUCUACCUGGCCGAUUGCACUUUUGAUGAGACACGAGGAUCUGCCGUGCUUACGAAGAACCUGCGCUGGUUCUCCCGGGGUUGGACGCUGCAGGAGUUGAUUGCACCACGCAAAGUCCUUUUCUUCGACAAGGAUUGGAAGCGCAUUGGUUGGAAACAUGGACUCCUACGUGAGAUAUUUCAUCUCACAGGCGUCAGGACAGAAUUCCUCUGCCACCUGUUCCCGCCAUCGUGGGCGAGUGUUGCAGAGAGAAUGUCAUGGGCGGCAAAUCGACAGACCACCCGAGAAGAAGACAUGGCCUACUGUAUGCUGGGCAUUUUUGGCAUCCAUAUGCCGAUGCUCUACGGAGAGGGACGCGGUGCCUUUCGGAGACUACAGGAAGAAAUCAUCAAGGUCAACGACGAUGCGACGAUCCUUGCCUGGGGCGCCACGAACUACGCAUUGGGCCGGGGAAAGCUCUGGGGUCAAUGCAUUGAUUCGCCCCUGUUCGCAGAGCAGCCGCGGGACUUUUUGGGUGGUGACCUCCUGUGCCCACUUGACACAAAUGAUGAAGAGUAUAGGUUCAACCGCUUCUUCAUGACUCAACGAGGCUUGCAAAUCUCGCUCGACGUUGCAAAGGACCCCAAUUUUCAGAAUUUAGCGUACGGCGUGCUCAACUGUGCGGAUUACAUCACAUCUGAUCAACGACGGGAGCUUGACCUUGCGCCGAAUCCUCGACUCAGGUUGCGCUAUACUCGUUUCUUGGCCUACCCGCCAUGUGAGCUCGGCCAUCAAGGCUAUUGGUCUACCCGCAAUGCGGAUAGUGCUUCUAUCAUGAGUUCUUUCAAAGGCGAUCAACAGAUCUGAAUCUGGCUACAGGAUGAGACCAUAGCUGGAGAACAUGUUCUUGCCCGCUUAGAGGGAGCCCAUUCGUAUAUGGAAGGCUGGCG